AUGGAUACUUUAUCAUAUAUUCAUUACUUAAUCAAUGACUAUGGACAGCAUUUUUUGUCCAGUGUUAUUCAUUGUCCAUUGUCCAGUAAUGACAGCACUGCAGAUGCAAUAACUUUUCAAUUUGAAAAAGAAUGGUUAAUUACUGAAGUUGUAGGAUCACCAUAG